AUGCCUUACUCUUACCACAGCCAUUCCGGUCAGUUUUGCCAUCACGGGUAUGGUCAACUGGAAGAUGUCGUUAAAGAAGCUGUGCGCAAAGGCUUCAAAGUGUACGGCCUGAGUGAACAUAUGCCUCGGUAUCAAGAUCAGGAACUGUAUCCGGAAGAAAUCCAAGCUCACUGUACACCGACGACCCUUCAAACCAUCUUUGCCGACUUUUACCAAGAAGCACGUCGUCUCCAAGAAUUGUACAGCCCGCAAAUCCAAUUGUUGGUGGGCACCGAAAUUGAAUAUGUGACUGAGCAUUAUGGUGGCUAUAUUGCCCAGUUGCGUCAGCGACAUCCAGUUGAUUAUCUGGUCGGAUCGUUGCAUCACGUCGGCGGCACUCCGGUUGACUUUUCCCAGGAACUCUAUGACCAAGCUUUAGCGAAACACGACGGCUCCUUGGUUAAUCUGUAUUGUGCUUUCUUUGACGAGCAACUGGCCAUGAUGCAGACCGUGAAACCCCAUGUGGUGGGUCAUUUUGAUUUAGUACGCAUUUUUGCCGACCGAGUCGCAGCAGACAGUGUUCUUCACAAUGAAGCGGUCAAGCAACGAUGGAUGCGAAACGUGGAUGCAUUUAUCGAGAUGGGCUCUCUCUUUGAGAUUAACUCCCGCGCCUGGAAGAAAGGUUUGCGUGAUGCUUAUCCCCAUCGCGAUAUCAUUCAGUAUAUUCUGCAAAAGAAUGGCAAGUUUGUCUUGUCAGAUGAUUGCCACGGCCCUCAAGAUGUGGGCAUGCAUUAUGACAAAUUGCCGGGCUAUCUUAAAGAGUGCGGCAUUUCCACGAUCCAUUAUUUGGUAAAGGAAAACAACCAGAUUGUUGUGAGAGAACAUGCAAAUAUAUUAGACGAUGCAUUUUGGGAUACCAUGAAAUCCUGGUAG